GAGGAGACUUCAGAAUUAAACUAUCACAAUCACACCUAUUUUUUUUUUUUUUUUUUUUGUAAACCAGGGCAUGAGGCUCGUUUGGGUACCUAGGCCUGUGUUUCUAUUGCUGUUCCUAGCUAUUGUUCUUGUCCUGAGCUCUUUGUUUCAGUCGAUUUCGAAACAAAAAAAUCUUCAAUUCUCAUUGAAUCCUCUAUUCGUGUUUUCGCUAUGUAACAUCAUAAUCUUUGCCAUCAUUGUUGGAGAUCAUCGGCCACCUACCGAGGAAGUUGACAGCAUCUUACCAUUCCUAGCAGGUUCAGCAGAGGAUGCAACUUAUGAUAUUGAGGAUGAUGGUAGCAACAAGCACUGCAAUAUGGAUGGUCAUGUUAAUGGCAGUGAGGAUGUUGAUGAUCAAGUUGAUGAAAGUGGAGAAGAAGAUGGAGAAUAUGAUUCUGACGGUUACAAUGAAGAUGACGACGACAAUGGUAGCAAUGAUGAAAUUGGCUGGGAAGACACAGAUGAAUCUGAUGAUAACUUGGAGACGAGAGUUGAAAACUUCAUUGAUAGGGUUUACAAGGGAUGGCGAGAAGAGAGGCUAAGGGAUAGCCUAUGCAAUCCCCUGCAAUUUUUUGGUUACAUCAAUCCCUUAUAAUCUUUACAGUUGUAAAAACAUUACCCUCAAAUUUUCUCCACAAAGUAGAUUGAAUAUGUAGAGCAAACUAGAUCAUACAAACAAAACUCAACCUCAACCAAAUUAUAGCUCUCUGUAAAAUAUUUUCUGCCUCAUCGUCUCCUUUGAGGUGAAAUAAUAGUGAACCUUUCUAUAUAAUGUUGUUGCCUUCCAAAAUUCUACCCUUUUUCAGUUGACAACUUUUGUAAAGAAGAUUGCUAUUAAUAUACUCUGAUCUGGUUUGCUAAUCUCAAAUACUGUACAGUCAAAGGCUCACAUCCCCUCAUCAGAUAGUUACCGGAAAAGUGGAGAGUGACAACACAAAUGAAUGAAAACACUAAUAUGGCACAGAACAUAGGCAGACAGAAUUAGUUCUGAAACCUGUAACUAAGGUGAUGUUUGUUUCACAGGACUAUCAUCCUUCACCUUAAUUUCUAUAACAGUCCCGGACUCUUAUUACCUGGCUUAUUUCUAUAAGAGUCCUGAUCCAUGUUGGUGCUCCAACUGACAAUAAGAAAGAACCACAGAAGCAAGAACACCAGAAUAAGCCUUGACUGGUGGAAUUG